ACUACCUAGGUAGGUACUAUACCCAUUACAAAAUGUAGGUAUUAUACCUAUUGUUUUUAUGAAAAAUCAAAAAGCUAGCGGAGUUAUUUCUCGAUAUAAAAAUAAAUAAAGAUAAAUUAAUGAUGGCUUUUGAUAAAGAGUUUAUUAUGGAACUUUUUUUAGAAGAUAAUGUGUCAUCUAUGAAUAGAGUUAUCAUUGCUGCUGCUAAUGUUAUAAAGGAAAACCAUGACAAUAUAACAUGUAUUAAUGAUAACGUUAAAAAAGAAAGUGCAAAUGAAGUGAAACGGCAUAAUUACAAUAAAUUUUAUAGGGACAAUCAAAACACGUAUGAGGAUAAUAAAUUUUAUGAAAACAUUCUUAUUAAUUAUACUGAUGAAGACUAUGCUGCUAAAUUUAUGAUGAAAAAGUCCACAGUACAGGCUCUAAUAAAUCAUCUUAAAGAUUAUAUAAAACCGGGGACAUCAAAUAUUUCAUUGGAUAAAAAAGUUCAUAUUUUCCUUUGGUUACUCACGAGUGAUUCUUCAUUUAAUGAUGUUGCUAAAUUAUUUAGUUUACACAAAUCUACUGUCAGUUAUAUUUUUCAUGAAAUUGCCACACUACUAUCAGAACAAAGAUAUCAUUUUAUAAAUUGGCCAUCUCUAGAGGAACAACAUGUCACAAGAAUUAAAGUAAACAGUAGAUAUGGAUUCCCCAACUGUGUUGGUUUCAUAGAUGCCUGUCGGUUAAAAGUCGGGUCUAAAAUGAAUCGGAAAAAUAAGCCUGAAAUUAUUUUAUUGCAAGCUGUUUGUGAUGAAACAUUAAUGUUUUUUGAUAUCCACAUAGGAGAUAUAGGUAAUACACAUAAAAGCAGAGUUUAUAAGGAGAGCCAAUUAGCUCAUGAAUUAAAAAAUUUCAUAGAUUUUGAUAAUCAUAUACUGGGAAACUCCGAGUAUAAGUUACGGAAGAACUUAAUGACCCCCUUUACCAGCGAUGAAGUGUUGACAAGUGAAGAGAUGAAAUUUAAUGAAAUACAUUGGAAAACAUGCACCUACAUUGGACAUGCUUUUGAACUGCUUAAGGAGAGGUUUAAAAAGUUAAAUCAUAUUGAUAUUAAUAAAGCCGAAUCCAUUAAGACAUUGAUUUGUGCAGCUUGCAUCUUACAUAAUUUUGUUUUACUUCACGAAGGGAGCUCCUAUAUGAAAGAAGAAGCUGUGCUUAAUGAUGAUGGGGUCACUAUUGAUCCAAGUAUAGUCAAAACUGCACUGGAGAAACGGCAGUUUCUAUGUAAUUACAUAAAUUAUAUAGAUAGCACUUAAAAAUAUAUAAAAUGGUAUUUUACAUCAACUGCAUUAUAUUUUUUAAAUGGUGGAUAAAGCAAUCAAAUGAAGGAAUGUACUAUGGAAAAAUUAAUAUUUUAGUAUACCUUCACAUAAUAUGAUGUGAUACAAUUACAAAGAUGAAGGGGCUGAAAAUAUUCAAAGAGGACAUAUUUUUUUUCUCAACUAGUGAUGAAUAUGAAUAAUGAAAGCAAUAUACAUUAAUGAAAUAAUACAUAUUUUGAUGAAAUUAAAAUGCAGUGUCAACUCUAGGUUAGAGCAAGAUAAACAAUUGCUGGAGAGUGGAGGCUUAACAAAACUGGAUAAGUUGCAUAAUUGAAUAGGAUGAAUUUUGCAUUUUAUAAAUAGCAGAAGUCUCAAAAAAUAAGGUUACUAUCAGUGCUAGUAUAAUAUUAUAUUAUUAAAUAAUUUUUAAAGAAGGUUUCUCGAUGCCCUUUAUUUUAUGUUAAUUUUAUAUGUUACAUCACAUAAAUCGAAAAGCGCUGUUAGAUAAUUGUAAAUAUGAAAUAAAAGAUUUAUACAUUUU